CUAGCUUUGCCGUUCUUCUCUGUCCCCGUAGUCCACGGAAGCUUUGGAGUUCAUGAAGCGGGACCUGGCAGAGUUUACCCAGGUGGUCCAGCAUGACACAGCCUGCACCAUAGCAGCUACAGCCGGAGUGGUCAAGGAGAAGCUGGCUACGGAAGGCUCCUCGGGGGCGACAGAAAAAAUGAAGAAGGGUUUAUCUGACUUCUUAGGGGUGAUCUCAGACACCUUUGCCCCCUCAGCAGACAAAACCAUCGACUGUGAUGUCAUCACCCUGAUGGGCACACCCUCUGGCACAGCUGAGCCAUAUGAUGGCACCAAGGCUCGUCUCUAUAGUCUGCAGUCAGACCCGGCAACGUACUGCAACGAACCGGAUGGGCCCCCGGAAUUGUUUGACGCCUGGCAUUCCCAGUUCUGCUUGGAGGAGAAGAAGGGGGAGAUCUCAGAGCUCCUUGUAGGCAGCCCCUCCAUCCGGGCCCUCUACACCAAGAUGGUUCCAGCGGCUGUUUCCCAUUCGGAAUUCUGGCACCGGUACUUCUAUAAAGUCCACCAACUUGAACAGGAGCGGGCCCGGAGGGACGCCCUGAAGCAGCGGGCUGACCAAAGUAUUUCUGAGGAGCCUGGCUGGGAAGAGGAAGAAGAGGAGCUUGAAGGCAUUGCACCGUCUCCAAAAGAGGCAAAGAUUCCAAAAGAGACCAAAACCUCCACAUCCCCUGAAGAUGGGCCUGGCCCCCAGAGUUCUCAUGACGAAACUCCAGUGGAGCCCCCUGCAGAGGUGACCCCAUCAGAGAGCAGUGAGAGCGUCUCCCUUGUGACACAGAUCGCCAAUCCUGCUGCUGUACCUGAGGCACCAGUGCUGCCCAAAGAUCUGUCCCAAAAGCUGCUUGAGGCGUCUUUGGAAGAAGGAAGUCUGGCUGAGGAUGAGGGUGAAACAGGACCCCCAGUUCCCUCCAAGCCUCCCACCCCUGCAGGCCGAGCCAGUGGCCCAGAGCCCAGGCCGCCAGCCAGAGUAGAGACCCUGAGAGAGGAGGUGCCCACAGACUUACGAGUAUUCGAGCUGAACUCAGAUAGUGGGAAGUCUACACCCUCCAACAAUGGCAAGAAAGGCUCAAGCACGGAUGUAAGUGAGGACUGGGAGAAGGACUUUGACUUGGACAUGACUGAAGAGGAAGUGCAGACAGCACUCUCCACAAUGGACGCCUCUGGUGAGCUGGAAGAUGCAGAGUGGGAGGACUGGGAAUGAGGGGAGCCAGAGCAAGCAGCUCCCCCACCCACGGCACAUCCCACCUCCCUCGCCCGCUAAUCUCAGCCAGCCUUGGAAGACACUGAGAAUGUCCCCCCCGAAAAGGGCCUCUGCCAUCUAGAAGUUGGUACAGAUUCUCUGGUGGCUCCCUGCUGGCCCUCUGCUCACACCUUGGAAGAGCCUUUCUAAAUACAAAUCCAGAAGUCUGACAUGUGCCAGCCUUAGGAGGACCCGUAUGUCAUGUCACCUGCAUUUCUCUGCUCUUCUAGGACUCCUGCUGGGAAACCUCCUGGGGUAGCUGUCUCCUGCACAGACAGGAGCUGAAGCCCAGGUCUCUGAGGAGGCCAAGAUAAUGCACUCUACCCUGUAAGCUAAUAAGCUAACAAGGAAGGCUCUGCCACCUGCCCUUGGCUGCACAGGGACGGGGAACAGCAUUUUGGUUCCUGCCCAGUAAGAGGCAAUCAUCUCUGGGAAAUUUGCCUCUCUCGGGAAUCUCCCUCCCCAGCGUUUUCCACUUCUGGAAAAGUCCUAUGGCUUCUGAAUCGAAGACCAAACCUUGACCCUCCUUUGGCACACACCAGGUUAUCCCUGCAUAUUCCAGGGCGUCCUCAUUCAUGUCAGAUGCACCCAAGUCCUUAGCCCAGCUGUACCACUGCAAGAGUCUGCUCUUGUGUUCCUUCCCUCCCCAAAAGCGGGGAGCCCUUUCAGCCCCUCUGUGUGUCGACUGGUUGGAUACCUGCCCGGAGCAGCUGCCUGCCUUGACUCCCAUAGCUUAGGACACACGCUAGCUGGGAGCUGUACAAAGUAGUGAGCAGAAGCAAGUACUCACAGUCCAUCAGGCCAGCUUCUCCUCGGCCCUCGGCUGCUGAAGGGAUGGGCUGGGAUGAGCACCCUGAGACUCGGCUGUCUCCUGCAGGUCCUCCUUCCUGAAGUCAGUCACUGGGGCUCAGUGAGGGCUGCACAGAGACUCGGGGCUUCACAGAUGUCACUCUGCUGAUUCUAAGUGCUGGCGUAUCCACCAGUUAUUUAAAGGGAUCUUGUCAAGGCGUUGUGAAUGGUGUGGGCACUCUACUUCAAACCUUCAGUGAAGGGGCUGGAUGGAGAGAAUGCUAAAUUCUUUUUUUUUUUUUUUUUUGAUGGGAUGGGGUUUUUCUCUUUGUAAUUAGUUUAAUUAACCUUUUGGUUGUUUGUGCAAUAUUAUAUAUUUUAAAUUAUAAUGCAUCUCCCCAGAGUAUUUUAUAGCUGGGAAAAGAAAAAAAAAAAAAAA